AACCCGCAUGGCGCGAUGUUGAAUGCAUAUGAUGUACACAUAGACACAAACACAUACGCACUUUGUUUACAUCAGUUUACCGUCUCUGCCGCAAGGGUUUGUGGUCCAUGUGCCUGCCAUAGUCGCGGUGCAUUGUGGGGAGGUUGUGGUCCUCCAACAGCUCGGUUCGGAAUAAUGUCUGCCUCGGAGGCAGCGGACGGUUCUCCCCCGGGUUUGUGCCCGAGCUUCGCCGUGAUCUGCUCGUUUCUGGAGCGGUAUGGACCUCUGCUGGACUUACCGGAGGUUUCGUUCCCGGCGCUCGAGCGCAGUCUGCAGGAGAGCAGCACGGUCCCUAAGCUCCUUGUGGACCUUCACGUGAAGUUGCUGAGGAAAAUUGGCAAAUCUGUAUCAGCAGACAGAUGGGAGAAGUAUCUCAUUAAGGUCUGUCAGGAGUUUAACACCACAUGGGCAUGGGAGCUGGAAAAGAAAGGUUAUCGAGAAAUGACUGUCGAAUGUAAGACAGGCAUACUAAAGUACUUGUGUGAAUGUCAGUUUGAUGACAACGUGAAGUUUAAGAAUGCCAUCAACGAAGAAGACCCUGAUAAAAUGCGUCUUCAGCCCAUCGGCAAAGACAAAGACGGCCUCAUGUACUGGUUUCAACUGGACCAAGACCACAAUGUAAGGAUCUAUGUGGAAGAGCAAGAUGAUCUGGAUGGUUCCUCCUGGAAGUGUAUAGUAAGAAAUAGAGAUGACCUAGCUCAGAUCGUUGGGCUGCUGAAGACUCAUAUUGAUCCAGCGCUUUUGGUAAAGAAGGAUCAGGAGGAGGAGUCAUCCAAAAACAGUCCGAGCCCAGACGAUGAGGAGAACAAGAAGGAGGGAUGUGAAGCGGAGAUCAAAGAUGAAAAGUCAAAAGACACAGCAUGUCCUGAUCCAUCUGAAAAUAAGGAAAACAUCUUGGAGAAAGAACAUGUAAAGGAAGAGGUCAAUGAAGUCGUUGAAGCGUUGUCAGAAAAUGCGAAGGAAGAGCUGCAGAAACCUUCAGAGACGCCAAACGGCACUGCCGUCAUUGCUGGACCAAUCAAAGAAGAGCCACAGGAUGAAGAGACAAAAGUCAAAGACUCAUCAACACCUACGCAGAAUGCAGAACAGAUGGAGGAGAUGAAGAGAAAGGCUGCAGAAGACACUCAGAGAGCCCUAAAAAAUGACCAUCAAGCGAAAAUACCCUUGAAAAAGCGAGAGAUGAAACUGAGUGAAAAUUUUGACUAUAGCAGUGUUGGUGGUGCCACUUCUAUGAAAAAAGCACCUGUCGCUCCUGCAAAAGAAUCGCAGAAGUCUUAUGAUGAAAACAGAUCAAGUGGUGAUAAGAUUAACGGCCAUGUUCCCCAUCCUGAACAAAAAGAGAGUGAAGCGCAAAAAGAGUCCAAAAGUCUUCAAAAAGACUCAAUGGAGAAGGAAUCAGAAAAUGUACCUCGUGUGUCUGAUGAAUCCAAAAAGGAGAAUAAGAAAGAUCUGACAGAGGAAAAGAUGGACACCAGUGAAACCAGAUCGUGUGCUGAAGAACAGAUGGAAGUGGAUAAACCUGAGGAAUCCUGUGCUAGUGUCAUAGAGGGGAACAAGGAAAAAUCAGAAACUUGUCAACCACCUGAAAAGGUCCCUGUUGAAAAGAAGUCACCAGCAGUCAGUGAGCAGUCAGAAAAGACACAUGGUGUUAAAGUCAUAACUGAAAAUAAAAACCAUCCCAAGAGUGAAAGUGUGGUUGAUAUGGAUGCUGCAAAGGACCAGCAAAAGAAAGAUCUCCCGAAAGAGGCACAGAAAGAUUUACAAGAAGAAGAAGCAAAAAAGCAUCCACCAAACAAAGUGUCAAAGAAAGACCUACCAGAAGAAAUCAUAAAGAAAGAUCUCCUACAAGAAGAGCUCAAGAAGGAUCUCCUUCGAGAAGAGACCAAGAAAGAAAUACAAGAAGGUCAAAAACCAUCCAAAGACACAGAUGACUCCAAUACAGACCAUGAGAAACAAGAUCAGUUACAACAGACAACAACUGUGUCCAAAGAGACUGCUGCAAUGGAGACAGAAAAGACCCAGCCCUGUAAAACAGAUGAAUCCUCUUCCCAUGAAACAAUAGAGAGUCAUACGAGCUGCAGAACAGAAGAAACUAAACCUCAGCACAGCACCACAGAAAAAAAGUCUUUAUGCACCAAAUCCGAAACAGCCGCAGUUGUCUCAAACUCUGAAAUACAGCUUGUGUCUGAAGAAGACAAGCUCUCAACCAUUGCAGAAAUUGUGUCCGCUUCCUCCAAACCUUCUGAAAACACGAAUGGCCCUCAAGACAAAGCAUGUGAGCAGUCCCCCUCCCCAAAGUCAGCAUCUGGAGAGCUUGAAAAUUCAUCUGUUUGUGAUUCAACCAGUAAGCCGGCCACCCUACAAACCACGGAGACCGUGCCUUCUAAGAAAAAAUGUGAUACAGCUGCAACAAAUAAGAAAGACAAGGGUGAAGAAGAUCUUACCGGUAAAGUUGCGAAUAGCUCUGAAAAAUCUCAAGUUGAAAAUCUGAAAAGCACAGAUGAAAAACAAAGUGAAUCCAAACCUUCCUCAGGUGGAGAACAUGAAAAACAAGCAGAUUCAAAAGAAAAGAGCAUGGAUAACCAAAUGGAUGUCAAUUCGGAGACCACUAAAGCUGAAGAGGUUCAAUCUGAUGAGACCAGAACAAAGGAGAAAAAGGAAUCUGAUGUUGCUUCAGAUCACGAAACUGUUCCAAACAAACAACGCGAGCAGGACAAAACCAAAGUUUCCACAGAAGAAUCGAAAACAAGCGAUGCUCAGUCAGAGACCAGCCACAAAAGUCCAGAGGGGCUUUCGAACAAAUCUCAGGAGGGUCAGGAUGAGGUUAAACCAGGAGAGGAAAAAGAAGAAAAUUGCAGCGUGUCUUCAAAAGCGCCACGGGACGGAAAACGUGCAAAGAUCAAGGUCGCAGCUCACAGACGGAAAGCUGAACUCCAGAGAGAGGAGGCGAGGGGGGAUUCGGAGUCGGAGACGACCGACGGUAGAUGCUUGAGAAGGUCUCCAAGAAUCUGCAGACCCACCGCUAAGCAAGUGGAGAUCCAGGAGAGGAGGGCGGAGCGGAAGCAGGCGACUUCGCCGUCAGAAAAGGAUAAGGAUGAAAACGAGGAAAGGGAGGAAGAAGAGCCUGUACAGAAGAAACCCAGGAAGACUGAACCGGAUGGCCAAACAAAACCUAAGGGCGGGAGGCGCCGAAAGCGGACACGAUGGUCUCGCACGAGACGCAAAAAGAAAGGAUCGGACGACGAUUACACCGAUGAGGAGAGUGAAAGCGAUGAGGAGACGGAGGAGGAGGAUGAUGACAGCGAUGAAGAUUUCAAGGUGGAGAAGACCAGAAAGAGGAGGAACCGACACAGAGAGCGUCGCAGCUCUGACUCAUCUACCUCUUCAUCAGAAGAUGGUGAACCCAACGAUGACCCCUGCAAACACUGUGGCCUUCCCAAUCAACCCGAACUGAUACUCCUGUGUGAUUCCUGUGACAGCGGCUAUCAUACUGCCUGUCUGCGACCGCCGCUCAUGAUCAUUCCAGAUGGGGAAUGGUUCUGCCCCCCAUGCCAGCAUAAGCAGCUUUGCGACAGGCUUGAAGAACAGUUGCAGAACCUAGACGCCGCCUUGAAAAAGAAAGAACGUGCAGAACGAAGGAAAGAGCGGCUGGUGUACGUUGGUAUCAGCUUGGAGAACAUCAUAACACCCACUGUGGAAGCAGAGGAAGAAAAAGAGGUGGAGCCUUUGAAAGAGGAGAAAAACGAGGUGAAGAAGAGCAAAAGUUGGGGACGACGGUCAACCAGGGCCAAAAAAUACAUAAGCUACAGGUUUGAUGAAUUUGAUGAAGCAAUCGAAGAGGCGAUUGAGGAAGACAUCAAAGAGGCAGAGGGAGGAGGAACCGGCCGGGGAAAGGACAUGGCAAACAUCACUGGCCACAGAGGGAAGGACAUGUCCACCAUCCUGCAGGAGGACGGGAAGGAGAACGGACGGCCACGGCGACCACCCACAAACCAAAAGCGGAAGAAACGACGACGUCUCAACGAUCUGGACAGCGACACCACGGUGGAUGAGGAGGAGAGCGAGGACGAGUUCCGUCUCAGUGACAGUUCUGAAGAGGAGGAGUUUGCGGUGACCGAUAAUGAGGCGGAGAGCGAAGCCGAUGCUCCAUCUUCAGAAGACAGCAAGUUUGCGAGCGAUUGCGGCAGUCCGCGAAUAAAACCCUCAAGCAGACAGUCGCCAAUUCGGAGUCGAAAAACGAGACCCCAGCGCAAUAGACGCAGACCAAAAGGAUACUCUGAUGAUGAGGAGCUGGAAACUGAUGAAGAGGAGGAAGAAGAUGAGAUGGCGACAGAAGGCUCUAGUGAAUUUAGUGACAGUGAUCUGGACGUCCGCUGUCGCCGAUCCCACAGGAGCCGUAAGCAGCAGGUGAAUUACUGUGAAACUUCCGAUUCGGAUGGCUCACAGGCCAGCACCAACAAAGACAAAAAGAAGCGAAGACGCCUUUCCAGCUCUGACAGCGAAGCUAGUUUCAAGUCCGGGGACUCUGAUGAAGAAGAGAGGAAGCCCAAGAAGAAAAGAGGAGACUCAUCCGAGGAAGAAUCCAGAAAACAACGCAGACGUCUGUCUCUUAAACGGCGGAGGGAGUCGGAAGAUGACGACGAUGAUGACGAUUCCGACGAAUCGGAUGAAGAGGAGCGGCCUGUGCGGAAGCGCGUGAACCGAAUCGAUUCAGACGACAGUGACAGCGAGGGUGAGGGGGAGGAGGUGAAGAAGACCCUGCCGGAGAAGGACACGGAGGAGACGGUGGCCAAAGGGCCCAGUCCACUGGACUACAACUUGGUGGAGCUUCCUUCCACGAAUGGACAGAGCCCAAUGAAGAGUUUGGAGGGUCUCAUAUCCCGACCCGGGGUAGUGGUGCCGCCUAAAAACAGCAAUGCUCCAUCGGCAGUAUCCAUGGCAGCAAACGGCCUGGAGCUGGCUCAGCCAGAUGAAGAUGAAGACGACCUCUUGGGCGUUACAGACCUCGUAGACUAUGUUUGCAACAGUGAACAAUUGUAAGGCCGUGAAUCAUUUCGUAUUUCAACAUCGAAAUCUUAUUUUUCUCUUUUUCAUCUUACGCUGUCCACGGUCAGCAUCAUCCAUAUUGUAUGAUCUUGACUUCCUCUUGGAUCCCGUCACCAAUCCUUGUUAAAUGUGCCAGCAGGACAGAAUACGGCAGAGGCACAUUAUUAAAAGCUGUACAUAUUUAAUUGAUCAAAAAAUCGCAGAAAGGAGAAAUUCCUUUUGAGAGACUUCCCUGAGAUAUCUUCGGGAUGCAUCUCAGACAAAACUCUCUCUGGAAACAACCUCUAAAACCUCUUUUUACACUAAUCACAUAGCCACGCUCAUUAAUAAAUCAGAUGUCUGACGUAGACUUUAUUUUUGGAGUCGAUGUGAGUUUUGAUUUAUUCCACUGCUGUCAGUUGCACAUUUUAGAGCGAAUAGAAAGUGGGUGGAGUCAGGGCCUGAAGUAGGCGGGAUUAGUAUGCUGGAAGCAGAAAGUGGGCAGGGUUUAGGGGCCACGAGGCAAAAUGAGCUGCAUUUUAGUGAAGUUUGCUAGAUAUUUCCAUGAAGAUGCAAAUACAUUCAGCGUUUUGUUCCCCACUGAGGCCGUUUUAAAACGUUCAUCCUUUAUAAUCUAAUUGGAGUGGAUGUCAAAUUUCUACCGAUUUUGUAGUGUCAUUCGGUGAAAAAAGAUUUUUAUUAAGUGAUGUCAUUAUAAGCUUUGUUUUGUUAUACUAUUUAUUAUUACUAAAGUUGUAAUUUGUAACUAAAGUUAUUGCUUGGUCAGACGGCUGCUUCCAGCGUUAGAGCAAAAACAUUGGAUUGUUUCUUGUGCAUUGCUUAUUUUCUAAUGGCGACAAACUAAAACCCAUUAAAUUCAGUUCUUUCACUUAGAUGAUUUGUUAUUUUGAUUCAUUUUGAUUCAAACACUAUUCAAUCUGGCAGCUUGUUAACGCAUUAAAUGCCAAAACUUCCACUUUCACCACUCUGAUGUGCUAUAUUUAUUUCAAUGAGCGAUUCCUCACAUUACAAAGUUUAGUGAAGUUCAUCUUAUGCAGAUAUUUCUUCAGAGCGAUUUGUCUUUUUUUCCACCAGUCCUUUUUGUGUCUGUUUAAUGCACUAUAUUAAACCAUUUUCUUUGUAUAAAUAUAUAAAUAUAACCAUUGAAAUCUUUGUUUUUUACUUACUGAUUGUGUUUCUUUCCAUCACUUAUAAAGCAAUACAUUUUUCUUACAAGAUACGCAGAAAGAGAUUCAUGGUCAUCUGAUUCACAUUACUGAAUCGUGUAUUUUUAAUGACAGGUUUAUUGUUGGUGACAAAAUGAUUUCUGACCCUUUCAGGAGGUUUUCAGCCCCUCUGCUGCGACAUCCGAGAAACUUGGUAUAAUCUUGCAUUAUCCUUGUGUGUAUAUCUGUAGUUUUCUGCUGUAACAUAUUAGAAGCAUUUUUAAAUCAUUUAAACUAUACAUAGCAGUCCUUUAUGAUUGCAGCUGUUUAUAAUUUGUUUUUGUAGGUACGUUUGUACCAGUUCAAAGUGAGUUGGGGCAUGUCUGACUGUUUUCAUUGAUACAUUUGGUUGUCUUUUUCUUCCUUUAAAAGUUUUUUGUCUUACCGUCGCAUUUUUCACCAAUUGCUAAAACGUUUCCAAGAACGAGCCGUUUUCAGAGGAUAACAACAUCUGAUACAAACCCCAAGGAAUUGUAACUGUUUGGAUGUCUGUGGUCGGCAAAAGCUAUGUACAAAUGUCUUGUAAAAUAAUGUUUAUUCUUGGCAUGCACAUUACGUUCUAGUUUUGGGGGAAUCAAGGUUAGAGAAUACAAAGUCACAAAUUUCUAACAAAUUUAGUGCCACUAUCAGAAAUUUAGUCUGACUUUAAAGCUCAAGAGCACCAUUAGGUACAGUACUUAGCCAAAGUGUGUUGAUAUGUUUUUGAACAUCAGUGUUGAACAAUGCUUGUGAUAAAAACAAAGGUACAGAGAUUGAUUUGAAGCUGUGGCCCAGCCUUUAUCAUCAUAUACUAUAUAUUUGUAUUUAACAAUCUGAUGACAUUCAAUAAAGGAUUCCAGCCCCAGUGUUUUAAGAUAUUUGGCUGAUGUAGAUUGACAGCAAAUGGACAGAUGCCAUCUGGUUUUAGCUUCUAGAAAUGUCUUUUGUGUUUGUCUGUUCCCCGUUUGGAUGUUUUUGUUAACUGUAUUGUAAUUUCUUUCAUAUAAUUUACGAUCUUGUACAUUUGUCAUAAUAAAAAAUGAAAUGAAACUUGUUCAAUAAUGAU